AUGGCAGCAAAACUUGAAUUCGAACGCUUACAGAGAACAGAUACAGCACGUUUUGUUUGCAUUGCUGCUAACGAAUAUGGUUCAGACAGAUCGGAAAUCCUGCUGGUAGUUCAAGAGCCACCGGAAACUCCAGUCAAUUUCCACGUUUCAAACUACAGCAGCCGCAGUGUUAGCUUGGCCUGGGAACCACCGUACGACGGAAACAGUCGAAUCACGCACUACGUCGUGCAAUACAAAAAUACUUCAGUUACAUGGCAUUGGAAUGUUGCCCAGGUGCUGGUGCAAGGAGACCAGCAAAACGUCGCCGUGGCGGGUCUUCUGCCCGCCCACGCUUACCACUUCAGAGCUCUCGCUAGCAACUCCAUUGGAACGUCCAACGCGACCAAGGUCCUCUCAGUAACCACAUACGAAGAGCCCCCUGAAUCUCCACCAAGAGAUGUGAAAGUUAGGACGAAAAGUUCAGAGAGUCUUCUCGUUACGUGGAAGCCACCGGAGCAAAAAUUUCAGAAUGGAGAAAUCCUAGGGUACCAUGUUGGUUACAGAGAGAGUAACUCAUCUGACGAAUUCCAUUACAAAACGUUCGAAGUAAUCCCUGGAACGCAGCUGCAAGGACUGCUCGACAGCCUGCGGAAGUUCACUGAAUACUCGGUGCACGUGCAGGCGUACAACGGAGCGGGCGCAGGCCCCAGGAGCCCAGCAGUCGCCGCCAAGACAGGCGAGGACGUUCCCGGUUCGCCUCCAGAGGACGUCAGAUGUGAGCCGUCGUCCUCCAGCAGUUUGUCUGUGUGGUGGUCUGCUCCCACUACACAAAUCAACGGAGUUCUGCAGGGGUACAGGGUUCUGUACCGAGCCUUAUCUGACUGGGAUGAGCCUCCGGCACCCUCAGAAAGAGUAACAGAAGAGGAGAACGUCGAGCUGGCUGACCUUCAGAGCUUCUGCAACUACAGCGUGGAGGUGAGGGCGUUCACCAGGAAGGGCGACGGCACCGGCAGCCGCCCCGUCUUUUGCAGAACUUUGGAGGACGUUCCAGAUGAGCCAGCCGACAUCAAGGCACUUGUGGUGGAUUCAGAGACAAUUCUGCUUUCGUGGAGACCACCAAAACAUCCCAAUGGAAUACUUACGAAGUACAAAGUCUACAUUAAAUCGUUGGACGGAUUUGGUUUGACGCGCGACGACUUCGACGUUCCGGCGGGUCAGACGGUGUUCCGCGUGUCGCACCUGUCCGCGCAACACCGCUACCUGCUGUGGGUGUCGGCCGCCACGGCUGCAGGGGAGGGCGCCGCCUCGCGACGCGUCAGCCAGGCGCCGAGCGGCCGCGCGCCCGCCAGGGUCGCCGCCUUCAGCCGCCAGCUGGCAGCGCCGCCGCACGCCACGCUCUCGCUGCCCUGCCUCGCCGUGGGGCAGCCGCCGCCGCUGCGCCGCUGGACCAAAGAUGGCAGUGCUGUGGAGAGCAGCAGCCGCGUGAGGAUCAACGAGGAGUGGCUGCUCACCAUCAGCCCCACCCAGAUCUCCGACACCGGCCAGUACACGUGCUGUGCCGAGAACGCCUUCGGGAGCGACCAGGUGGUCUACUCCGUAACCAUAAGAGAGGUGAGGAACACCGGAGUACCGGUGGCUCCCGUCAACCUGAGCGCGUCCGCUGCAGGCCACACGAGCAUCCAGCUGCGCUGGCAGCUCCCCAGCGAGGCGCGCAAUAUUGUGCAAGGAUAUCACUUGCAUUAUAAAAAGGAGUUUGGCGAGUGGGAGCAGCUGACCCUGCCGGCAGAGAGCAGGAGCUGGAGGGUGAGCGAGCUGCAGUGCGGCUCCAGGUACCAGCUGUACCUGCAGGCGUUCAACAGGGUGGGGCGCAGCGCGGCCACGCCCACCACUGCCGCGAGGACUCUGGGAACAGCUCCUGUUGCUCCCACGGAUUCGAAACUGAUACGUGUCAAUUCGACGUGGAUAUCCCUAAACCUGAGUUCGUGGAGCGAUGGCGGAUGCCCCAUCACCUCCGUGGUGGUGGAGUACAAGGUGCGCGAUGAGCCGACGUGGACGCUGGUGUCGAACAACGCGCAGGUGGGGCCUGGAGACUUGGCAGUGCUGGACCUGGCCUCCGGGGCGAGCUACAGGCUGCGCGUCACAGCACACAACAGCGCCGGCUCCACAGUCGCCACCUACGACUUCGCCACGCUCACACACGCCGGCGGUGAGCGGGGCUCUGCAAACCACCUCUUCCCACGGACAGCCUCUGUACCUAGAGAAAGAUAA